AUGGCCGGCCUUGGCAAGUCAGCUAGCGCGGGAGCACUGGUCAAUGCAGGAGCCGCGCUCUCGCAUGUGCCCAAGCGCGCCACGCAGCAUGCGCUCUUCCUGGCUUCCUGGGAGGUGCCACCGCCUGCAUUGAAGCCGAGCGAGGCCUCGUCAGGCUCUCGAGCCGUCUACUCAGAGGAGGCGCCAGACCUCAAGACCACGUACCUCCAGGAGAGGCUGUUUCCGGAUUCAGUGUACCGAGAGACAAUUUCCAAGCUGACAGUGCCUGAUCACUACAAGGCUCCCACGCAGCCUAUCAAGCAGGCAGAGCCGCCUGCUAGCUCUGUUGGCCACAGGGGCGCAGCACACUGGUCCUCCACCUACAAAACGGCCCAUGAUGACAACGCCGUGACGGGAGCUGUCUACCACCGUCAGAAUGGUCCGUCCUACCAGGCAGCGAACCCGCCGACAUGCAUUGGAGGUGCAGGAGCCAUCAGUUCCAUGUCAGAGGAUUUCGGAGUCUACGGCUCCGACCCUCGCAGCAAAGUGGAUCCAAUGCUGGACAGAAUUCCCAUCAUGAAGACAGCUUUGACCAGAGGAACGCCCAAGGGCACACUACACAUCCCGGGCUAUCACGGCUUCCUGCCGCUGAACACCAGGAAUCCCUAUGUUGCAAGAGUAGAGAGUGGAGCGACUGUCCGCACCAACGAUAAGUCGCACAUCACGGAUCAGUUUCAUGUCAACACCCUGCACUACGCGGGGCACAAGCCGCUCAGCGUUACCAACGACUUUGGUCGAGUUGACCCAGGAAACCGCUCCAUGAUGAGCCGCAGCUUCAAGGCCAAGCGAAUGUCUUCGUGCACUCGCCAGAAAGUGAUCCGAAGCAGCGCCUUCGCGAAAUCGGCCAAAGCCAUGUCGUACGUUCCCAAACGGGCCGUGCAGCAUUGCAUGUACACACCGCUGCAGGAGCUAAUAGCUCCUUGCCUGAAGCCUGGGCAGAAGGAGCUGGACCCCUGCGGGCUGUACGUCUCCGAGGCCAAGCAGAAAGACACAUCGCGGCUACAGCCAAAGCUGCUGGAGGACAGCCGUAGUGACUCGGAGUAUGUGAAGCAGGUGUGCAGAUCAACUUGCCCGGAGGACUUCAGAACGCCGCGGGGUGCUGUGAGGACCUCUUCCGAUGGCCGGGAAGACACACGAGAAGUUGGCGCUGCCCAUUGGCGUUCUGAGUAUGGCCACAGCUGUGCUGAUGCGUCCAGAAGACCUACCCCUCAGAUGACAGCGCAGCAGAUCCUGGCAAGCCGCAUGCUGCCGACACCACGCAGCUGCAUAAGCAAAGUGCAAGACUUCACAUGCAAUGACGUCGAUUACGGCAGGCACGGCUCCAAUCCAAGAGAGAAGAUCUCACCUUGGGACCGGGAGCUGCCUGUGCUCAAGAGCGAACUGACCGCAGGCAGCACUAAAGGCACUCAUCACAUCCCUGGCUACCAGGGCGUGGUGCCAGUUCAUGGCUUCAGCGAGAAGAACAAGAUCGAGCCCCGGUCUGUGGAUAAGACCAACAUUGUGCAGAUUUUCCACAAGGAAGUGGUGGGCUACGGAGGACACGUGCCGGGAGCUGUCUGCAAUGACUUUGGCGCGCGGCAGCCGACAGAUCUCACCACCUUCGGGCACGACUUCAAACCACAUAAAACAGGUGCACUGCGCUGA